GGUUUGUACCACGUGACUAAACACUCUUAGCAAGCGGAACAUCUCCGCUGAUAACAUCUUUCUGUGGCAGAGCAAGGCUGUUCGCCUUGCAAGCGAGCUCACGAUAGCAAUUUACGGGCUCACAUUGUUGAAGUCAGCACCUCAGCCUGUGGAAACGCUGCCGUUAGACCUCCUUGAUGAACGCCGUGGUCGCAUGAAGACAGACGGUGGAGCCGCCGCGUGUGACAGGAGACAGGCGCUUCCUGUAUUGAGCUUAUGAAAUGAAACAGUCAUUAGCGCCAGCUCGCAAACCUUCGGUUUGACAGGCACUUGCCUCGACGGUGACAUUGUUGCACGCGAGGGGAUGCCGACGCUCGAAAAUAACGGAGUGUGUGGUUCUCGCAGAAGGAUUAUCUUAUAAAUGAACGGCCACUGAACACUCUAGUAUCGACUGUGGUCGCUGAGACAACCUUCGACUUUACUGUGCUUGCAGUGCGAUUUGGUCCUAGUCUUGAUCCUGCCAGCUCCGUAUUACGCACCGUGUAGUUCUACCAUUCAUUUUGUCACCAAGAGCUAUUUAUAUUCCUGUCGUGCAGGCGAGAUGGACCCUGAGCAGAACCAGACCCAGCCUGAUGGAGCUGUACUUUCUGCUGGGCCGACUGAAGGCAGCACCUCCUCUCCUGCCCCACCUGAGUCUACUGCCCCGGUCAUUGACCUCCCGGCGGCUCCCUUGGCCCCAACCCGCCCUCGGCGACCUCAGAGAGCUGCUCAUGUGGAGGGCUCCAUCGACGUCUCAGAGUCCAAAUCGCCCGUAGCUCCUGAAUCUGCCCCUGCCCCUGCCCCUGCCCCUGCCCCUGCAUCCAUCCCUGAUGACUCCCCUGUGCCCCCUCUCCGCCCCCACCGCCACCCCCCCUGUUCCGGCCCUUCGGGGGGCCCUCUGCCCCACAAGCCCCUGCUGAAGGGGGCGGUUCACCAGGUGGGGGGCCGCAGCCCCAUGGCCAUGCGCGCCGCCUCACUGCCCCAGGCGCCCUCCUCCAAGCCCCCGCCCAGGGCAGCUGAGGCCUACGGCCAUGCCCACAGGACCAUGUCUGUGGCCGGCACGGCCGACACGCAGCCGCAGGUGGUGGAGGACUUCAGGAUACACGUAAUCACAUGGAACGUGGGCUCAGCCAUGCCUCCUGACGACAUCACCUCACUGCUGGGACUCAACGUGGGAGAUGGCAACACAGACAUGUACAUCAUAGGGCUGCAGGAGGUGAACUCUAUGAUUAACAAGCGUCUGAAAGAUGUGCUUUUCACUGAUCAGUGGAGUGAGGUCUUCAUGGACCGACUUGGCCCUUUCGGAUACGUGCUGGUGACGUCUCAGCGGAUGCAGGGUGUGCUGCUUCUCGUCUUUGCUAAGUAUUACCACCUGCCCUUCCUGCGGGGCGUGCAGACAGAGACCACCCGCACCGGCCUGGGUGGCAUCUGGGGUAAUAAAGGGGGGGUGAGUGCCCGCAUGACAGUGUUUGGCCACUCGGUCUGCUUUCUCAACUGCCACCUACCGGCUCACAUGGAGAACUCGGAGCAGCGCAUGGAUGACUUUGAGAGCAUCUUGCAACAGCAGCAGUUUGAAUGCCAGGUGGCCAUGGGCGUGCUCGACCACGAUGUGGUGUUCUGGUUUGGAGAUCUCAACUUCCGCAUUGAUGACCUGGACAUGCACGUGGUGAAGGGAGCCAUUGACGCCAACAAGCUGGCCGUGCUGUGGGAGAAAGACCAGUUGAAUAUGGCUAAGGACAGUGAGACCGUGCUGGAGGGCUUUCACGAGGGUCCACUCAAAUUCCCCCCCACCUACAAGUUUGAUGUGGGGACUAACACGUAUGACACCAGCGGUAAGAAACGUAAGCCAGCGUGGACUGACCGAAUCCUGUGGCGUUUGCGCGCAACGGCGCCCCCUGUGGUGGGGAACAGCAAGCGCCACUCCCUGUCAGGCCUGAGCAGCGGGCUGAGCAGCGGCACGCGGGUCACUCAGCACUUCUAUCGCAGCCACAUGGAGUACACGUGCAGCGACCACAAGCCUGUGGCCUCCAUCUUCACCCUGCAGUUCCCGUAUAAGGUGGACAUCCCUCUGAUCACUCUGAUUGUGGAGGAUGAGUGGCGAGAGGUGGCUGACGCUGUGGUGCGCUUCAAGGUGACGCCCAACUUUGGACGCAGCUCUUGGGACUGGAUUGGUCUUUACAAGGUGGGCUUUAAGCAUCAUAAGGACUAUGUUGGCUAUACCUGGGCCAAGCAGGAAGAGUCAGACUACCUAAGGAAGGAACAUGAGGUGACCUUUCCAGAGGAGGAAUUGCCUAAGGGCUCUGGAGACUUCAUCCUGGGUUACUACAGUAACAACACGAGUACCAUAGUUGGCAUGACAGAGCCUUUCCAGAUCUCUCUGCCCACCUCCAGUCCUGGAGGGGUCAGUCCCUCCGACAGCUCUGACUUCAGUUCGGAGGACGAUGGAACGGUGGGCGGGGGCUCGCGGCCCUCCAGCCCCGACGGGGCCACCAGGCGACGCAGCAGCAGCAGCAGCCCCUCCCCAUCGCGAGGCUCCGCCUCACCCAGUGUCAAGCCCAAACGCAAGGGUCGCCACGGCAACAAACCCAAGAAGGCCCCGGACGUGCCAGCGCCCCCCAGCAAUGUGAAGAGUCCGGCUGAGGACCCUGUGGCCGGGGAGCCAGCGGCCGGCGAGGCUGGCGAGGCAGGCUCGUCAUAGGCCCGUUGGUCGCACUGCGCCGCGCCAUGCUGUGUGUGUGAGAACUCUGUAUGAGGGUUGGGGGUGGGCUCCUGUUGGGCAGGGCAGGGAGGAGGCCUCAAGCCUCAGCCUGUGGUCACUCUCACCCCACCCCUUCCCCCUCUCCUGCCAUUCCACUCUCUCUCCCUUCCUCCCUCUCUCCCUCCAUCCCUCUCUUUCACUGUGUCAUUCACUCUCUCUAUGUCUCAGGUGGCUGCGUUGGGCGGCCUGUUUUGUCCAGUCCUACAGUCUCUCUCAGUAGCAGUGUCUGUGUCUCUCUCUGUGUGUGAGUGUUGUCAGACCUGGACCUGACAUGCUGGCGGUGCUCUGAGAGGCCUCUCGGCAGCUAAGCGGAAGAUUAGCAUUUAUGAGCAUAGCAGGAAACGUCUCCUGGACAGAACCUGAAAAUGAAUCCAGUAAACUAGAAGUCCAGUUUGCCUUUAUAUAAUUCUGCCAUGACUUCUACCAAGUCAUUGUCCUAGUGCCCGAGACAUAGAUUCAGGCCUGAGUUGCUUCAGUCACUUUGGCUGGGAGCCCUGGCACACAAUGUGCCGUCUCGACGAAAAUGGUUAGGGUCAACCAAAUUUGGUUGCCCCAGGGAACAAAAUGUCUGCCUUUUGCUACCCAGAACCUUUUUUUUCUCUUAAGAAGCUGUGAAGGCAGCAUGCAAGGUGCUCUGUAGAAGACACACCUGAAGGAGAAAAAUGCAAAAAAAAUCAGGUAUCCAAGUCAAGAACAGCACCCUAGCCAAGUAGAAAAGAAGCGCGGGGAAGCGUACUGUUGUCGCCUAGCGUUUGUUUGUUCUUGGUGUCCUUCCUGACCCCUCAGCUUUGAACCCUGAGCCCUCCGCUGGGCCACGCUGUUCUCUGCUCUCUCAGGAGCUUCGCUGAGCAUUCCGCUCCAGAUAAGAGGUUCUGCUGAAGCCUGUGAAGUCAAGAUCUAUGCGGUCAUAUCCUGUGAGGUCACGUCCUGUCAGGUAGUUGGUGUGUAAUAGACUUUCACGUUGAAGCUUGUGGAGUUCAGCUCAUUUGCCAUUGAUUUGUGUCCCUGUUAGCUGUUAAUCUGAAAUUAGUUUGAGUAUAGUCUAGGAUUAGGAUUUUCUAGAAUCCGUAACCUGUUGUAAAAAUGUUGUGCUCUUUUUCUGAUCCCAUCCCCUUUCUCUCUCUCUCUCUCUCUCUCUCUCUCUCUCUCUCUCUCUCUCUCUCUCUUUGCCUCGGUCCUUCUAUCUGGGUUAGUCAUGAGUGGGGGGCCGUGUAGUUGUCGUGUGAUGGCUGUAGUGUGACAUCCUCAGUGCACCAUCCAAAUAUACAGUAUUGUACCUCUGUCUUUAGCAGUACAGUAGGACAGUUUGUGCAGUCGUAAUGUAACUUGACAGUAUGAGUGUGUGAGAGCUAGAGAAUGUAUGGGUGUGUGGUUGCAUGGUUUGCCGCGCUUGACUCCUAGUUUGGUGCUGUGCAUUACCGUGUCUGACCUUUACUACGUGUCAGUGUUCAUAAAACUAUCAAACAAUUUUUUUUAAAAAGAAACAGUAAAAGAAGGAGGUUCACACAUUGACAGAAAAGAGGGGAAGAACUCAGAACAAGGAGACUUUCUUUUACAUAUUGCCACAAUAUUUUGUGUUGAAUCCACCAAUUGUAAAACAAUUAGAAAAGGCAUAAAAGUUUAGAGAUUGUAAGAUUAUUUGAAGGCACUGAGAACUCUGUCUGUGUGUGUGUGUGUGUGUUCAUGCAUGCGUGUACACAUGUGUGUGUAUGGUUGCGCGUGUGCAUGUGCACAUGUUUGUGUGUGUGUGUGUGUGUGUGUGUGUGUAUGUGUAUCUACAUGUGUGCAUGUGUACAUGUAUAGAAUGACCCUGUUGUAUAUGUAGGUUGAGAGACAGGUGAGUUCUAGCUGGUUUGUGUGGCUUUAAGAAUGGUUAAACAAACUAUUGGAAAGAACUCUUUCAACUAUUGUUGAAAAUACAGUAAAUGAAGGCUAUUGCAUCAUUACACAUCUAGCUUUGAUCAUAAGCCUCUUCACAGCCAGCCAAUAAGACUGUGACGUUUUUCAGUUCUGGUCAUGAAGAACUGCACUGUCUGUAACAGUGAUAGGUUAGACACAGCCUAGGUUUUCACGUGCACUGUCUGUUCUUAUUCUGUGGUCUUCCUUUGGGUGGGAAUGUGUUAAUAUAUGAAAUAUGGGCCUCAGGCAAAUGUGCAAUCGAAAAAUAAAUUAUCAGAUUAAUGUCUAUUAAAGAAUGUGAAGAAUCACGAUUAAAUGUGAAUACAUAAAUAUAUGUAUAUUCAUAUAGACCAUGUUAAUAUUGAUAGGAUGUGAAUAUAAGUAUUGUUAAGAUUUAGUGAGAAGGUCUGAAGACAAUCAAUGCCAAUAUAGUUGUUUUAAUAUAUAUUUUUAAUUUCUUGUCAAGCAAUCUGCUGUUUUUUUUUUAUUCUGAUGGAUUCAGUACAUUUCAAAGAUAUUUAAUUUUCACAUAACUUGAUCAAGUGCAUUUGAUUUAUGACUAUUUGUGUGGUUUUUUUUUUUAUCAGAAUGGAUCAUGCCUCUCCAUUGAUUUAUUAUGGGACUGGUAAGGGUUGUCGGUCAAAUGGACUGAUUUGUGUAUUGAUCACUCAUUGUAGUGGCUGGUUAAUCUCCAACAGAGACGGGUCUUGUCCCUACAACUGCUGUUUAAUUUGUGUCCUCAGAAACACACACACACACACACACACACACACACACACACACACACACACACACACAUACAGUUUGUCAAGUCAAAAUAAAGCAGAGGUGUAUCUUGUCUC